AAUAAAAAUACUCAUCUCACGGCACGGACAUUUGCGAGCCUUCCUUUUUCUUUUUCUUUCUCUUACUUUUCUCGUGAUUCUCUGAACACGAGGCACGAACCAAUUACUUUUCUCCCUUCCUCUCCUUUUUAUUUUUGUUUUCUUUUUUCUUUUUCUCAGUGCUACAGUCUUAUUCUCAUUGCUGCCUAUCUCUUUUUUUUAUGUGUCUUCUCCUUCCUCCUCCCAACCUUAAACACUCAUCAGUGGUUGUGAUUCUCUCUGAUUUUGGUUUGCGUGUGGUGUCGGAAUCAGCGAAAUGAAAGACGGUGAGUGAGUGACAGAAGAAAUGGACAUAAGUGAAGGAGGAGAAGCGAUGACGAAACGACACACUAAUAAACAACAACAAUCUCAAUCUGCUUCUUCUGGGGGACGCAACCUAAUCCCUGCCGCGUGUGGUUUGAAUGCGAGUCUUGGGGACCUUGAGUUUUCGGAGAAAUCGAAGAAGGAAAAGGUGAGAAGCUUGAGUGCUGUUGCCAAAGCAUUAUCAAUGGGUUGCCGUGUUUCUCACUCUCAAAAACCAACCAAGAAAUUUAAGCUUCCCAUAAAGUUUCUGAAGGACUGCAAUGGCGUUGAUCAUGCCUCUGUUCCACGGAAGAUACGUUCAGCUGUGAAGAAACGGGGUCGCGAAUCCUUCUUUGGUGAUUCAGAAAAGGUGAACCAUAGGAUGAACGGAAUGGAAUCUCCCCAAAAAGAUGGCAUAAAGAAAUCCAAAAAACAAAGAACCCCGGGCUGGUCCACGAGGCAAGUUUCACCGGGGCCCAUCACAAAGGAUGAGGAAGAGGUUGUGGAGACUCUAUAUGCCUUGGCUGGAAUGUUCCCUUCAGAUAAGGCCUCCAAUGUUGUUAAGAGUGAACUUGACAGUGAAUCAUUACCAGAAAACUCCACGGUUUUACAGGACCAAGAGGAGAGUCAGAGUGCUAAUGUUACUCUUGAAGCCUCGGGAGCUACUCAGGAUGCUGGAGAAAAGUCACCUACGGGGUGUAAAAAAGCCAGUUCUUUGAAUGAAACCAUUGGUCAAGAACAGACUGAUUUUCCCGAGAGUGCUAACUUCUUGGUGGCUACUGACAACACUGCUCCAAAAACAAAUCCGCAGGCCGUGCCUAUGAUGGUUAAGACUGAAAAUGGCGGCAACGUUGCAUUGCAUGACUCUCAAUUGUUGUCUCUGGAAAUGGGAUUAAAUGUGCCCACACAACCACAAAUUUCACAUAUUGGAAGGCAAUCAGACGUGGGAUUUCAGACGGUCGGAACCGUUGGUUAUAAGCAAGAACAUCUAAUUAAGUACCAAAAUGAAACUGGUUCGGCAUUGUGGCCAGGCUUGUCUCCGAUUGCAUCAGCUGGGAUUACUAGGGCUUCUUAUUUGCAGUUUUCUUCUGCUGCCAAAGCUCAAGAUUGGAUGAAAACUGCUAUGGGUGUCUCGAAACAAGAUUUGAUGGAAACUUGUUCUUCUGGUGGAAAGAUUUCCGAAAUUAUUACUCAUAAAAAGUCAUGGAAGAGGUGUGCAGCUCAUGUUCACAUCAGUCAUCUCAUCCGUAGUUUAGAAGUGUCAAAACGACAGGCGGGCAAAGAACAUGAGCUUUUUCCUCAAACAAUAGUACACCAAGGGUCAAAAUGUGGGGUACUAACAAAAGCACACAACUUGAAUUGGAUGAGAAGUGGAAAUAGUCAUGCUACUCAAACAGUUUAUUCUGCUACAACGAGUAAUUCACGUGAAACUAAGAAUGGUAUUCUUCAACAUGACCUUUAUCAUGAGGCUCCCCCAACACCUGGGGUGUAUGAUCCUCAAAAGCAAUGUUUCAACUUCUUGUCCUUGUCAACUGGAGUUAGUGAUCAGUUAAAGGCCAACGAAAUUUUUAAUAAAGGUGAAAGUAAGUUGGAGCCAUAUUCAAAACAGCAACUGCCUUAUUUUCAGUCACUACAACUACAACAGCAGAGGCAGCAUGGCCUCAUGCCCGUUCAAAGUUCUCCGUAUGCCUCAACUUUCCUAGAUCAGCUUCCAGUUGCAGGACCACAGGUUCGGUUGCAGCAGCAGCAUCUGCCUCAUUAUUAUGGUACCCCGUUACGUGGAAGUCAUUAUAGUUCGACAGUUUCCUAUAAGCAACAGCACCAAAGUUUUUGGGCGGUGCAGCUAGCAGCUCAAGGUGGGUCUUCUUCUGUGAAUUGCAGUAUUGUGAGGGCCCAAUAUCCUAAUUGGCAAAAUGGUAGACAUGACUCUUCUGUUCCCCAAGUAAUCCUUCCCCAUUCCCCUGCAUCCUUAGAAACAUUUGGAUCCAAAAUCACUUCAAUCUCUGACCAGCACCUCUUCACCCUCGCUUCAUCAAGAUCCAGGGCAAAUGGGCAAGACAUUCAUCUUGCUUCUUCUGUGUGUGAAGAAAGUAAAGGUAGGUUCCGUAGUAGUAAUAAUAGUGGUACCCCAUCACUGCAAUUGUUAUGUGAUGAGCGUAUUUGAAAUUGAACACAAAAGAUAAGGCAUAGAAAUAUACUUAUUUCAUUGUUGUAUUUGUGCAUGUGCUGGUCUUUGUGCUACUGCUACACAUGUCACGUUAAUCAACGUGGCACGGAACUUGCCAUGUCUAUAAGCCAGCGUUCUUUGACACGUUGGGAAAGGGAAACACAACGUAAAUAUUUAGCUAAAUCUGAGACUGACAAGGCCUGCGCUGUCUUGGCAUCAAGUAAAUGGAGUACCUUGCUUUAGGUCUAAACAGGGUUACAUGUCAAAUGGUUGUUUUAA